GUUGUCCGCUUAACAGAUCAUUUAAUUACUCAGGGUAAGGCAAAAAAGACAAGAAAAUUUGCCGCUGUAAAGCGAAUGAUCUCUCCAAAGGAUACAAGAAUGUGAGUUCGUUCACUUCGUAUAAUUAUUAUUACCCUAACAUGAUUAUGUGUUCUUACUUGUAAUCUUGUAUUCCAUGGGCGAUUUCAGCAGAGGAACUCUCAUAACUACUGCAUUUCCGACUUAUUUUAUCAGAAAGAAAAUCCAGGAAAAAGAAGUAGAGAAAAAGAAGAAGGAUGAAGAAAAAGAAAUACGACACGUGUAAGGACUUCUGUAAUUUUUGUCUUAUGAACUUAAAUAUAAUUAUUAGGUGCAGUUACAAGAGACACUUUUACCAUGGUAAUUGACCCUUUUAACGUAAGAAAUUGGAGUGAUGCGUGUGACCGGACUUUCCCGAGAUAAAUUUACCAUGGGAAAUAUCUAUGGUAAUAUCAAAAAGAAGAAAGAAACCGCCCAUGACAUUUAACAUGGUAAAUAGCUGGGGUUUCUAGAUACCAAAGGUAGAAGAGCUAAUCAUGAUCAGGUUUCUUCAUUUGACACUGACAUGAAUAAUCAUGGGGUCCCCUCGCUAGUGGUAACUGAUCCAGUGGAGCCCUCUCAGGUUCAGAACAUUAUUGUCUCUGUUUUAGAGGAGUCCCGUCAAUAGAAGUAACUAAGUGAUAAAGACAUGAUACAAUCCUUGUUUGAAUGGAGCUGAUCACCGAAAGGAGUUAUUUUACUUUGUGAACUGUCAGUAUUGAGGUUAACCAAGCGAUUUUCCCAAAAGUUAUGCCUUGUUGAAACAAUGUCAUUUCACCCACAGUCAGUGUGUCUGAUGGACUGCAGUCAAUGAAUGAGGGCAUAUCUCAAAAUUGAUCACAUUCUUAUGCAUACAAUAGCUAAUUUCCCUAAAUGCAAAACAAAAAUGUGCCAUAGAGAAACAAAAAUCAUAUGUUCAUUUUUGUUGUCCUGAGCAAAUCUACUUUUGUGUUCAAUUUCUUCGUAUCACAUUGAGCGGUCACUAAGCUGUCUUGGCUGUUCCUCAAGGGAGGCUGCUAAAAUCAUAGUCUGCAAAUAAGAUUUCAUGGAUAAAAGCUUCUUAUCUAAAAAUGUAUUGUAUAUUCUAAUGUAUUGAAAAGUCCCAAUAGUUCCUUUUUGGUUUUGAUCCUCAAAGUCAAUUACGAACAAUGUCAAUUUAAUAUACAGUAAUAAUAAAUGGAACGAAAACCUAUGACAAUAAUCUAAUGUUCCUUUUUUCCCCCUUUUAUAUAGAGAACAGUCAUCAUCUGCACUAUUCUUUCAAUAUAACACUCAGCUUGGGCCUCCAUUCUAUGUUUUGGUUGAUACCAAUUUUAUCAACUUCUCAAUCAAGAAUAAGCUGGAUAUUGUCAAGUCUAUGAUGGAUUGCUUAUAUGCAAAAUGUAAGUAAUUACUUGGUUGUUGAUUUUUGUUUUCAGUCUAUAUGUUGUGGUUCAAUUUCAACCUUGGUAUAAUUUUUUCCGUUUGUUUUAGACUUUAAAACAGAAGGAAAUGAAAUUUAAACCAAGGAUAAAACUGAACCACAACAUAGAUCAUAUACAUACAGUAACAACGUGUCAAUAUGACAAUGAGAUGUUUGACUAGUUGUGUGGGUUUGUGUUGUGUUAGUUUAGUAGCAGUUAUGAUGAUUUGCACUGGGUUAUGAGAUUCAGUGAUUCCCUUGCAUAACUGAACUGCCUUUGUUCCUUUGAUACUUGGAGGAUAUUCCAAGUUUUCAUUUAUACUAACUUGUGCGUAACACAAUUAUGUGCAUGUACAUGUACAAGCUGUGUUGUUAUUUUGUCACUCUGGAAGUAAAGGGUGGAAGGUGUCAUUAUUUACGAUCAAUGCAUUUGGGUUACAUGGCCAAAAUGGUGGAAUAAAGUUCUUGCUUAAAAACCAGUUUGUGAAAUUAUUUUUUAGGUAUUCCUUGCAUUACCGACUGUGUGAUGGCCGAAUUAGAAAAACUUGGAUCAAAGUAUAGAGUGGCUCUCAGGUAUAAAUUAUUAUACCCUGAUAAGAGGUUUUGUUACACUGAGAUCACCUAUGUCUCAGGAGAGAAGGCCAAGGUUAAAAAGUGAGCUUGACCUUGAGAACAGUUGAAAUGAGGCUGCAUGUCAUCAUGGGCAUUCCUUUCCCAAGUCUGCACUAAGACAGAAUCAGAAUCAGAAUCACACAAACACUAUCACAUUAAUAUGGUCAAGAUUCAUCAGAAGAUUAGUAUAGGUAAUAGCAUGAUUUGUAGUGAUAUUUGGCAUAAACACGACAAGUGAUAUUUCAAAAUUAUUAUACGUAAUUUCAUGAGCCGUUAGGCGGGUGAAAUUUGAGACAAUUUUGAAAUAUCACAAGUGGUAUUUUUGCCAAAUAUCACAUACAAAUCAUGCUAUUAUUUCUUUAUACUGUGACCCGGAAAAGGUUUGUAAUUUUCGCAUUUAGGUAUUUCAAAUUAAGCUGAAAUACCACUGCUCUAAGCCAAUCAGAUUGGAGAAAUUUCUCAUGUAGUAAUGUAAGAGAAGAAAUACCAAGGCUGGUUUGAACCUAGGAAUGAAGAUUGGGACAUUCCUGUUGGGGAACCCUCUGAUACUCUAUGAGGAAUAAGUGUCAUUUCAAUGAGUUAUAAUAGAGAUAUAAGUAUAUCUUUAUGGGUGCAUGUAGUUUUGCUGUUUUUAAAUCAGCAGCUUGCUGACAGGUCAGCUAAUAAAUGUUUUGGUAAAUUCACUUUAAAAGUUAUUUUCUUAGAAAGUGGUUUAUUUGACCAGUCUGCAUGUCUAAAAACUGUAAGCCUCUGGUCAAAGGAUUGUGCAGCUUGCAGGCAAUUUACUACUGUGACUCAGUUUCACUUUUCUUUGAAAUACUGUCAUAAAGAUAACUUCCUUGCUAUGUUACAAGAAAUGUAGCCUGUACACAGACGUUGUUUUAUUUUUCUUUUUGUUCUUUUCGAGCGCUAGGCAUGAGAAAGAAAAAUAAAGAACAUCUGAAGACAUCUACAGACCAUCUAUUUUCUUCUUCCCCCACCCCUACCCCCUUGUGCCGGCGGUCAAUAAAUCCCCUGCGGUUUAUAUUUUAUAACAGACGCUCGAUGGACUUUGAAGAGAAAAUAGAGGGUCUGUGAACAGGCUACAAGAAAUGUGUAGCUGGUAAGGACCCCAAACUCACCUUUACCUAUCUUCUCUGUGGCUUUUUGAACAUGAGACUUCAAUGUAUAAUUAGCACUUCCCCACUCCAUGGGCAGUUUAGUGGAUAGAUUAUGAAGAAUGAGUCUUUACUUGAUACUUGACAACUUAAGCCACUUGGGGCUGGGGUUAAAAUGGCAAUUUUUUAAACAAUACAAGGUGAUACGGACACAUUAUACUGAGUCAUGAACUUUUCUCUCUUUUUUCUUUUUUCAACAAGAAUGGCUAAAGAUCCCUCUUUUGAUCGUCUGCCAUGCAUGCAUAAAGGAACAUAUGCUGAUGAUUGUAUAGUUAACAGAAUACAGCAGGUAAAUUGAUUAUAAUUCACAGCAUUAUUUAUUGGUGGGCCUAUUUAGAUCCUCAGAUGCCUACAUGUACAUUGACAGUGUAUCAAAGGAUCACUGGUAGAGAGUGCAUUGUUUGCCCCUUUGAUCAUUUUUUUUUUCUUAACUAAUAUUAAAAAGGAGGGGGAUUUUUCAAUCUUUUUACAGUGUUAUCUUAAAUUUUUCUUGGCUGGGAAUCUUACUAGCUAGAUAAACAUUUGUAUGCUAAGUGUACAGCUUUUCAGUCUGCCUUUAAGUAAUGGUGGGUUAGGGUGAGAUGCAUUCCUUUCUUGACUAGUCUUUCUAGCACUCAUUUAUGUAAUUUUAUGCAGUGCUCCAGCCUCCCCAUCAGGAGGAGCAUUGUGUGAGAAGACAAAAACAGCUGCAAGGGAGUCUGACUUUUUCUUGACAUGAUGAAGUAAAAGCAGGGUUGUCAGAAAGUUUUGAAGUAGACGGCUGAGUUGUCAAAGUAAGCCGCCUGUCUGGGGAUAUUUUAUUUAAAAAACACCAUGUGUAAAGAAAUUCUAAGCAGAGUGGCUGGCCGAUACUAACCAAGUAUGAGGCAACUUUCACUGGCAGCCAGCUACUUUUGACAACACUGAAAAGCUAAACUUUGAAUUCGGCCACAGUAGCUCACAUAAAAAUGACUCAUGUUCACAGGCUUGUUGGCAUAAGAAUAACACAAUAAUUUGCAAAUGAAAGGCAGGAAGGUUUGUAACAAAGCAGUUCACCACCAGCUAGCCUUACUUCGAGCCAAAAGCAAGGCCAAUGAGCAAACAACUUUAAAAUGGCCUAUUCCAAGUAAAACUUAACUAUGCUGUUUAUUGCAGCACAAGUGUUACAUUGUAGCCACAUGUGACAGAGAUUUAAAAAGAAGAAUACGCAAAGUUCCAGGAGUGCCCAUAAUGUACAUUUCUCAACACAGGUACUGUUACCUGCAUUGACCAUUUUCACCCAUACCAUAAUGCACCUUGUUUACCCCCCAAAAUUUUACAUAACCAUUGUUUCCAAUUUCUCCUGGAGAAAGUGAAGACUAUGUUUAUGCAACAUUUGGCGGGGGGGGGGUCUUGGUAAACAAAAUGCAUUACGGACUCAGUGAAGAUUGUGAUUAAUGCAGUGUGUGAUUUUGGAGAACUUUAUCAUAUCUGCUUAACUACUUUACAUAAACACCGAGGGCGGAUUUAGGGGUGGGCCUAGGGGACCCCAGCCCCCCCCCCCUUUUGUCCGGGAAUUUUUUCUUUUGUAAACGUGUGUUAGAUGGUACUUUGACAUUUGUUACUUACAUAUAUUGUCUUUAGUGAAUUUUGAUAAUGAGAACGUUGUCCUUGCCAGGAGGUUGUGCUCUCGCCGCAAUUGCUUCUGCUUGUGGUAGCAUCAGAAAGUGUGAAUUACUUCUUUGACCACAACGACACCUGUGGUUUAUAAAAUAGUUCAAUAUAGAAUCCAGGCAUUUGCGAAAUCUAAGUGUCCAGAAUGCACUAGAUUGCAUCUUAGAAAACUUCAAUCUCAAAAAUUUUUCCGGAGAAGCAUGCACCCAAAACUCCCUAGAAAAGUGCACCGUUUGCAGUCCUGAUGGGCGCUAUCAUUGCCAUGUUGCCACUGUAUACUAUAUCUCUAGGCCCCCUCUAUCAUAAAAUCCUCCAUCUGCCCCUGAACACAGUCUGUUGUACUCUGUAGUACUGCUUCUUAUUUUCUUUUACAAAUCUCUGGAUUUUUUCUUGUCUAUUUUCUCAAACACUUUUGGCCUGCUUUCUAAUAUCUACAGAAAAUGAAAAAAGUGUUUUUACAUUGUUGAUUAUGCAAGCUGACUCAUCACCUUUGCACCCUUUCUGGCUUUCUCAUCAAUCUACACUGGCUUCCUGUUGCAAGCUGAUACCUUUUCAUUUUUUCGAAAGCAGCACUCUUCAGGGGCACCGUCAGGCUUAUUAUUUUAAGAAAUAUUUUUAUUAUUAAUUGUUUUAUGCUCUUGCCCCAAUACUAGGUACACAAUUGAGAGAAUGCCUGAUGCGUACGGAGGUAAUAACUUGUGGUAUUUUUUGAUGCCGUUUAUUAAGUAUCAACAGAAACUCAUAAGGGGUAACAUAACCCCUUAUGAGUUUCUGGUGUCAAACAACAUACAUGUACAUGUAGUUGGAAACUUGGUUAUUAUGAUGAACUGCACUGGGUUAUGAACUACAAUAUUGUUAUGAUUUCCCUACGGUUAGGAUUACUGAAUAACCAAGAUACUCUAUCAUAAUUAUUAAUUUGGAAUCCUCCUGCAACAGUCCUAAAUUAAUUUGUAAUCUACGUUAUUUUUUUGACGCACGCAAGUUUUCUUUUUCGCGCUGAAUUUAACUCAAAUUUUGCCAUCACUACAUGUUUUCUUAGCUUGUUCACUCAUUGUGAUUUUCUAACAAAGAAAUAUGGAUGUGGUAGUACACGUGAUACACUUCAUAGAGACUGCUCUAAAGUUGUAUUAAGAAAGGAUGACGGCUAUCUUCUCUUGGCUGUAUACUCCUUAUUACAUAUUUGAAGUAACAAUGGUUAGAUACAACUCUUGUAACUCAUUUUUCAAUUAACCUUCAUUUCAGCUCCAAGAGUGUAAGUGGAUCUCAAAUGGAUCACCUGGCAUGAUAUUUUUGUCUCGAGAGUUUAGUGGAUAACACGCCACAUGAAGUAGAAGGACUGAAGUGGUGCCGACCGGGCGGAUAUGUGAGGAAAGUUGUUAUAGUGGCUGCAGGACUAGCGUAAUGGGACAAUAGUGAAAACUCAUGACUAAGAGGCAAUUUCCAUUUGUGGUACUGAAGGAAGGAAAAGAAUAGUGACUCGUUUUCAGAAAACAGAGACGAAUAGUAAACUGAGAUUGAGAAAGUUGUCUUUCUUUUGUUUGUUGUCAAAAAGAAAACAACAACAGCUACAACAGUAGCUUGCCUGUUAGUUAAGAUUUGUAAUUUUAAGUGCUACCCGAAUUUAGCCUGAAUUUCAUCCGAUUACUUCGAGUCGUUAUUACUCCCUCAGUUGUUGACAGGAGAAAACGACUCGAAGCAAUCGGAUGAUUUCAGGCUAACCCGAAUUAAGUUUCCUUCCCCCCGCAAUUGACCUAAAAUGUUUUUAUGUAAAAGUGAGAAUAAAAUAGCUUCAUCUUGUUUCUCAACAUCGUUGAUUGACUUCCAUUUGAUUGUUUGUUUUUUUUUUGGACUCUCCUUUUCUCCAUCUUUCUAGCAGUAGACUGGAACUAGCUUGCAGUCGAGGCUAAUGUCCGUACGAUUGCAAACUAUUCCCUUGCUAAGUGUGCAAGAUAAGAAGAAGGUAGCAAGUCACUUGCCUUUUUUCCAGUGCCAAAGGAACUUUCUAAUCGCUGGUUCAAAAGUAAGGCAACUGGUUUAGAUUAACGGAUUUCACUGCGCUAGUAUAAGUGAUCCUCGCGCCUUUCGAAUUUUGACAAAUUUAUAAACCUCUGUUCGCAUAGCCCCCCCACGCAGACAUUCUAACGGCUUCAUCAUUAGUUCGAUCUUGGGGAAGAACGACUGCUCCGAGAGGAAUUGAUUCGUCCCUUUGGGGAUAAGAGGUUCCUGGAUAUCGCGGGUAUGAAAAACCCUUUUUGACAAAGUCUUUUUGACAUGUGUUAUAGUACGGUUUCCAAACGAGCAGUCAUAAUGAAUGACCUUCUCGUGGAGCUAAAAGAUUUGUACAAAGGACCGGUCAUUAUCUCUUAACGGUCGGUUAGAACUUUGGGUUCGAUACUUUUAAGACGGAAUCCGGCUUCAGGAAAUUCAGUAACUUUCUUUUUUAGUAGGCAAAAAGAAAAACCCGGUAUGGUUUAAAUGUUUCUGGUACAUUGUAUAUAUUGUAGUUAAUUUUUUAUCUCAGGUAAUUUUUGUUUUUCUUGUGUUUUUGGGUAUGAUAAUGUAUGCUAACGAAGUUGAAACAAAGGAAAAAUAAAAAUUACCUGAGAUAAAAAAUUAACUACAACAUAUACAAGUUUUUUGUCCACUCAAAACUAAAAUUACUCAGUUUUCUGAUGUAUUCUGUUAGAGGGGCUAAUUAACAAUUAUUCCUCGAGCACGAAUGGGCUGUGAGUUAAUAGCUAUUGACUAAGGCCAUAAGGGCGAGAGGAAUAAUUGUUUUAGUAAAAUCCAACUAGUUGCAUGGUCAAAAAGAUCGAGAAUAAAAAAAUAGCUAGUUAAAGCUAGACUUUAAUCCUUUUUUGCCGCCAAAAAACCCCUCGCUUUUCGCUACUAGGGGACUAUAACAUAUAGCCCAGUAGUAGCUCAACCAAUCAGAACUCAGCAUUGAUAAUAGACCACUAGUUGGAUUUUAUCAAAAACCAAUAGAGUAACUUCCUUAUUUCUCAAAGUUCAAACCAAUUUUCUUUUACUUUCGUAGUUAGAAACUAGAGUAUUAUGGAACAUAAGUACUUUUUUUUGCGUGUAGUUUUUAUUUUGUAAAAUUCGGUAUUUUAACAUAUGACAACACGAGCUUCUAAACUGAGUCAGUUGAGUUUUCUUGAAAAAGGAAAUAAAAGGAUUAAAGCAUUUGCAGUUUCACAUACUAACACCAUCCCUAACCCUCGCCAAGAAUUGCUCUCAAAUCCAACACACAAGAUAUACUAAAAGUGAAUGAUGACGAAGUAGCAAUUUUAGCGUAUUGAUCUUUUGCCCUAGUCUGUUUUUGUUAUUCUGAUUUUUUCACAAGACUGAACUGACUCGUCCUUGGGGUUUAAAUAAUCGGUAUCUGCGUUUUGUUGGCGCGCGGCCCGUUUCCCGCGUAACCAGCGUCAUGAAUGGGGACGUGCCAUUUCCAUGACAACGGCGAUUUUCUUGAGCAGCUGACAAACGUUUAAACACUACAGCCACGACAACAAAAGAGCAGCAAAAACUGCGCUAAAAUCAUGUCCUCAGGUGGACUUAAAUCAAUUUCGGAGUCCCCGAUUGACAGUUUAAGAGAUAGUGAUCAAUAUAGCCUCAAGGUUAGGCUCAACUCGGGUCGAACCGAUCGAAAGCGGAUGAAACUAAACGUUUAGCAACGACACUACCGAAAAUUUGUUUUCCUUCAGGGAGAUGUGCUUUUAGAAGAAAGCGAAGACGAAGGAGCUAUGCCGAUUGAAAGCAUCGGAGGUUUCUUCAUAAAACACGGUACUUUUAUUGGAACGGAAACCGAUCCAGUAAUUUCUCAUGGUGUUGAUGUUAGCGAUAGCGAUUACGAUACUGAUCUUGAAACGGAAGGUGCGUGAUGUUUAGAUUUUGCUUCUUUAUAUUUAAAUUACUCCAAAUUUUAAAUAAACAGUAAACGAGCAGUCAUUUUUGCACAAGAGCAGAAAUUUUAUGGGUGCUCAGCUCCGUAUACAAAUUUUAAAUUACAUAUAUAUAAGCCGUAAACGCACUUAAAAACGUUUUAAACAUAACCCUAAUGUCUUUCUUAAUUAAGCAUAAAAUCAAAACUCGAUUAUUUUUUUCGCCUAGUCAUAUUUCUUUUAUUACAAAAAGUAAACAAAUUUUUAACCAAACGCUUAACUGUGUAUUAAAAUUUCCUCCAUUUAAAAAUAUCAGUGAAGAAAAUAGAAAGUGAUAGUUUUCAGAACAACGUUGAUGAAAUUGUUUUGAAUUUGUAUCGACUCCCAGUGAUUAUAGGUACUUUUUCAUUGUCUGCUUCCAUUUUAAUUAAAUUUACAGAAAAAAGGUUCAUAUUUAUGUAAAUUUUUGAAAACAAAUUGUCCGUUUAUCUUAAAAAGUAACAACAUAGAAGAAAGAGACGAUGAAAAGAAAAAAUUAUUUUACAUGCGUUUUCUUUUUAAGAGCUUUUAAACUUAUCACUCAAUAUCAAUAAAGUAUACAGUUUACCAAUACUACAGAAAAAAGGGACAAUGCAUGGUAGGAGUCCAUCAAAGAAUUCGUCAGAUGAAGUCUGAUAUGAACUGUAAAUGUUGAACCAUGCAUGUAACUACGAAACCAUGAUGUCUAACAGGAAGUUGAAACACAGGUCUUUCUUAGUUAAUAGGCUGAUUUAGCAACAGAACUAACGGGAACGUCAGUUGAAGACGGCGCGCGCAAAUCAAGCACCUGGCUUGACCAAUGGCUGAGCGGAAAACUGGGUACAGGAGGCAGAGUUUAGUCCUUUUCGCGCGCUUUGCCGUCGUCAAAUGACGUUCCCAUUCUGUUGCUAAAUCAGCCUAAUAUCGUAUCCAGAGUUCUUAUCGGCGAAGCCGAAGCCUUUGGGUUCGCCGACAAGAGAUCUAACUACGAAAAGAGGAAGGAUCUGGUUGCACUUUCCUUCUAGAAAAGACUGAUGCUCAGGCCAUGAGUUUGUGACACGGCUGUGUUUCAUUUCCAGAAAAAGCUGAGAAGUAUGACGCAACUGGAAGAAAAUUGUACAUGGCAGCGUGUAAAUGUUUGAACAUAACACCUGUUUCGUUCUUCCUGAGAAACAUUCAAGAAAAGAAACUCAACUUUAAACACCGCUUAUUGGGGCCGAAAGGCGGAAGGGCGAUCG